UUGCCUUGUUCUUGCGGCGCUUGCCACUGACUUCCAGUCUCGCACGGACAAAAGUUUCGUGAGUUCCAUCGGGUGCACAGCUCAGUUCCCGGGACCCGGCCGACUCCUCAAAGAUGGCUGUCCGGGAGGUCUCCAUUCAUGACUCCUUCCGCCUGCUGCGCCAGCAUCUCCAUGAGUUCCUGGAUGCCAGCAAGGCGAAGGUGACCGCCUGGAUCCCCGAGACCCAACCCGUGGAGGGAUCCUUCAGCUGGAGCUUCGCAGAGAAGGCGACCUGCACCGUGGUUCCGGACCACCUUCAGCCCAUGGCCGCGCUAAAAAGUGCAGAUAUGGUGGGCACUGGGUUGGAUGAGCCCGGCAUCCAGGCCUGGCUCUCGCUGAAGAAGGGCAAGGAGUGCCUCGUGGCGGGAGUGAAGGGCGUGCCAACCCACUUCACCGUGAUCCAGGACGGCAACUGCCCGGCACAGCUGAGCAGCUCUGAGCUGGUGACGGUCACCGCAGUGCGUGAGGGUGAGAAGGUGACUUUCAUGGGCCAGUCGGUGGUAGCUCCACUGGAAGUUGAGCAUGUGGCAGGAUGCUUGGCUGAUUUGGAGGCGCGACACAGAUGGUCACUUUACAACGAGUUCUACUAUUUGGAGCAAUGCGGGGCCAUUUGAAGGCCUAAGCAAACUUACAAUAUGACCAUGUUUGAACCCAUAAUCAAUGGAUUUUGGGCACUGCUCGAUUGUGCUGGCCAUGUUAUGUACGAAGUCAAAUCAGAUGCCGGAUGAGCAGCCGCAGCAUGCGACUGAAAAGUCACCUGCCCAGUGGCUGUGGUAGGACGAUGCCAGAGUCGGAGGCAGUGUAAUCUCUUGUAAACCCUUUUAGCCAGAGUGAUUGACGAUGCGGUUCCCGAACCAUUCAAGUACUCCUGGGCUCCACAUGCGCGCCUCUAGGUGUCGCCUUCAAAACUCACAGGGC